AUGUUCCCCAUCAAACUGUUGGCAAAAGGCGUGACUGGCGCCUAUGGUCUUGCGCGUGAGGCAAUGGCCGACCACGACGUCAAAAAGACCACGACCGGUCAGACCCAGCUGAAAGUUCCGGCCUCCACUGAGGCUGAAACCGACCUUUCGGAUACCUCGUCGGUCGAGUCAUCUGACGGCGAGGCAGCGGCACAAGAACUCGACGAGGUUCAGCAGUCGAUUGCACCAAAAUCCAAAGACAUUCAACUGGACAAUGCUCACGACGUUGAUGAAGUGUUGGAGGCCUUUAUGAAAAGACACCCACCUCCCAAAUAUUCGCCAGUUGCUGGUAAACUGGAAAUGCCCGUUAUCCUGCCUCAGCGCCGGCCAAAGAGCAAGGAACGAGGCUUCAUUCGUGCCUAUGCACCGAUGCUGCAGACCUGCGGAGUCGAGCAGGGCGAGUUUCUCGACUUUCUAGAUGGGUUUGGAAAAGCGAUUCAGUUGCAUCCGGUUUUUCAUGCUUUCAACCUGGCGUGCGCUGGAGCCGUCAUUGCCAGUGACAUCAUGGUGGGACCCAUGUUUCCCGUCCACGUCGGUGCCAUGGUGAUUCACACCGGCGUUGAGCUGUCAAGGAGACAAUAUGUGAAGUAUGAGUCGAACAAAUAUCUGGACAACAUGAACGAAAGCUUUUUCAAGCCUCGAGGCCUAUAUGCCUUGGUUAUGGCAUAUCAACCCGACUCCGAUGAUGUGGUCCAAAACGUUGACAUGAAUACCCACGUGGUAACCUCGAUCGCAAAAAGGGAUUCGGGACGAGGGAGCCGAUUUGCCAACGCAGCAGGUUCUUCGAGAGAAGUCGAGAUACCUGAGUCUGCACCCAUCAUCUUCCCAGAGCUGGACGAUCUACCGGCAGGCGAGAAAGAGAAUGCAUUCAAGCGCAGCAGCAAACGACUGGUUGACUAUUUUGAUCGCCGGGCCCAGGCCAAGUUCGAGCAGGCGAAUCCUGGAUCCAAACUAAACUUGUAUCAGGAGAGGCAAUUUGCGUCGCGCUUCAGCGAUCCCAAUCAUCCCGCCAACAGCGGCAGUUUAAUCGCUCUGCUGAGCGGCGGCAAGAUCGACACGACUGAGAUGGAUCGAGCAAGGGCUGAGAGAAGGGUACGCAAGCGCCAGUUCAAGGACUCAAGACGUGUUGCGAGGGGCCGCGAGCCGCGCUACGAUAUCACCGGUGUCAACAAGCGAGCUCCGCAAGGAGGAAUCAAAGGAUUGAUGAAGUCGGAUGUGCUGUAUCUUAUGAUCGUGAAUUAUCCCAGUGAGGCGGAGUUGAAGGCAGCAGCUCAAGCUAUGACCAACCUACGGUUGUGA